AUGAUGAUAUUAGAUAAUGACGAGCUCUCACCCAGCACUUCUGCCCAAACGAAAGAUGCAAAAGAAAUAAGAUCUGCGAACCAUGCCUCAUCAACGAAUGAAACAUUGACUGGUAUGUAAAGUGAAUAAUUGAAUCAUCCAAAUGCAAACUGCAACAGUAACUGCAGCCAAUAUGUUUGAUAUAUAUUUUCAGAUGAAGAUAAAGUUUCCAAAGACAAAGGAUGUAUGGGAGAAGUCAGUUCAUUUGUGCAAAGCGACAUUGAAGGAUAUGUGCAAAUUCCAAAGCCUAAUAUGGAGGAAAAGUUAGUUGGCAUGAUAGAGAAAUUAACAAUUAAGGUUGAUAAUCUUAGUAAGCCCUCGACAAGUUCCAACAAAGCCUCAUUGCCAUCGUCACAUUUCAGUGAGACAAUAAAAGAAUCGUAUGAUCACAUGAAAGAAUGGAAAGUGGUUAAGAACAUUGUUGAAUUGGUCAGCCAUGUGGAAGACCUGGCAAUUUACCCAAUGUCAGAGGAAGAUGAAGAAGGUUUAUUCAAAGAAGGUGGUGCUAUAUUAAGGUGUGAAACUUGUUUUUCUUUAUACAAAGAUAAAGCAAACAAGCUAACUCCAGUUAAAGCAGCGCAAAAACUUGCCUCUGACUGCAGAAGUAUUUGUACUGGGAAGUAUUUGAGUCCAGAAAGAAUGGAAAGUGCUAUGGCUGGGCAAGGUGAAUCCUGGCGAAAAAUGAAAAGUUCUAUUCUUCGACAUAUGAUAUGCGCCGAAGAUGGCCAAACCCAUUUUAAGGCAUUAACGAUGCUCAGCGAAGAGAAAAAUUUAAAGAAGAUUCAUUAUGAUGCUGCAGAAACGUUGCUUAAAAGUGCAUUAACUGCUGUAAAGGUCAAAUCUGCAGCUAUUUAUUAUGAAGAUCACAUAGCUUUUGCUUUCUCCAUAGGUGCUCAAGUGGGGCAAUGCGGCCAUUCAAGAAAGUUGGUUCCUGAUAUGGUGAAGUGUUUGCUUGCUUCCAUACAUGAGAAAACAAAAGCUGAGGUAAGCAAAUGUCUCCCAAGUACAGGCCUGCCCCCACAUUAUUACAUGGCUGUUGACAAGGCUACUGUAAAUAAAAGAUCAAAUCAAGGCGUCAUCAUAUGUCCAAUGAUAGAUGGAAAGAAAGUUCCUAUUGGUGUUGGUGCACCAGAAGUAUACUCGCCAAGUAUAAAUGGUAAUGUGGAAGGAAGCAAAGCUGAUGAUUCAGCUGCACAAGCAUUUAAAGAAAUCACCAACAAAUUUGGAGGCAAAAUCCUAGAUUUCUUAGUUGGUGAGUGCUUUAUUGUACAUUUCUUGAAUGUCCUUUCAAUUCAACCUUGACACUUAAUACUUUUUUAUUCAAUACCCAUCCCAAUCCUAGCUAUGUUUAUUGUUUAAUACAUUUUCAGGUGUUUCUGCUGAUGGCGUACACCAAGCAAAAGCCUUUCUUAAGACUAUCAACCAAAAUGACCUUAACGAAAGCUCGUUUAUAAGACAAGUUGGGUGGGAUCCAUCUCAUUGGAUGAAUUUGGCUGUUACCGAUGUGAAAGAUGGAAAGAUGGGGAAUUCUUUUCUACGGUCAUCAAACAGACAAACAAAUUUUCAGAGACUUUAAAUAGAGGAAAAGGUAUAAAAUAUUCCUGUUUACAGUCAAUGUUGACUAUUGUUUAAGCCACUGUAAAUGGAGUUUGUUCAGAUACACUUCUCCUACUGCUGUUCAUAUAGUCCCUUAAAUGAGCAUUUGUAAUUUUUCAUGUUUGAACAUAGCCUGCAAAUACAAAAUUUAUAAUAGUUCUGUAUUCGCAGGUUAGUUUGAACAUAGGUUUUACAUUAUAGACGAAGAAACUACACCAUUGUGUGAAAACGUUUUAUAAGGUUUACUCAUUACUGUACUGUUCAACAGCAAAAAGCAUCUUAGAAUCCACUGCAAAGCAGCUUAACGUGAAGCCAACAGUGGCAACUGUGUAUUCUCAGACACGUUUUGCAAGUUCUGCAUACGUCCAGUGGCAGCGGAUUGUUGAUUCGUACAAGCUGUUUGCUGAAGCAAUGGCUCAAGCGUCAAAUGCAAUGGAGAACGAGUUAGACCCUUUGCAAUAUCAAGUCCGAGGGCAUGUAUGUACAGAUCCAGCUAAUCAUCUUAAGUAAUUAUCUAUAUUGCAUAAUUGUAAAUAGAUAAAACAAUUGAGUGUUUCUUGUAGGAUUUUGUCACAGACCUGUUAUUGAUGCAUGACGUUUUUGAACCUGUGGCAAGAGUUAUGACCAAUCUUCAGGGCAUAUCUGUACCACCAUGGAAAGCCUACCGUUGGGUACAAAAGUUAAUCACAUGGCUAAAAGAGGCUUCACGUCAGUGUCAUGAAAAUGGGAAUAUGGACUUUUUUCCUACAAUGAGGGAUAAUGCACAGGUAUUGUUUAUAUCAGUUUACCUAGAUAUAACUACUGUAGUAUGCCCAAUAAGCAACCUGUAAACUGGUAUUUCUCUUAGAACAUCCUUGGCCUUGAUCCGGGAAACAAGGAUAAAACACUGCAACCUACUUAUCAAGGCAUCGAGUUUGCAAUUGGCUGAAAAAUUGUUGGCGCAGAAACCGUUUUGGAGCAGAAUGGAUCGAAUCCACCCAACAAAACAGUUUUAGUCAACUGGGCAGAACGUACCGUGACAGAGUCCUUCCAUGAUGUUAGCACCUUUGCAAACGAUCUUGCAGAAUCUCUUGAUUAUCGUGUUGAAAAAUGCAUCACUAAUGCAACAGGAAUGACAGAUUUCUUUGAUAUCGAAGAAGUCUUCAUCCACUUAUGUGGCGAGAAGCUUGAUGAUGGGAGAAUUAAAAUAAAAGAAGGCGAACUUGAAGAGCAUGGUACUGAAGAGUUCAAAUUCUUUUUCAAAGAAGUGUGUGCUUUAAAGCACAUAAAAGAGCUGAAUGAUGAUCGUUUCGAUGAAACAAUGCAUUCAAGUGUGCUCCAUGAUUGGAAAGGAUGCAUCAGGUACCUAGUUUGGCAUAAAGACAUGAAAGGAAUCCUGCUUUCAUGCCUUAAACCAGAGGAUGAGAAUGGGAUUGCAACUCAAUUAAAGGGAGACUGUGAAACCUCCUUGAUGAAAUUGGAACAUGUUCAAUCAGAAAUGGCCCAACUGCAUACCAAUAGCAUCUUCCUUUUUGAGUUUGCUAACCAUUCCCCUUUUAGAGCCAGUAUAGAUGAAGAAGAAGUGAUCAGAAUGUUGUACACUAACGAAUUACUCUUCACUAAAGCAGGUCCCAUAGCCAUGACAUCAUUUGAUAUUGCAAUGGGUGGCUCAGAAGCCAUAGUGGAGAGUUUUUAUAGCGUUAUGGAUACGCAGAAGCAGGUCAGUCAGCACCAUGUGACCUUGGAAGAUAGGACCAUUCUAGAUUGGGCCACAAGCAAUGUUUUGAAUUCAGAAGAUAUUAUCGCAAAAGCAGCCAAAUUCUACGUCGAUGGAAGCAUGGCAGAACCUCGACUUUCUCGCCAUAGGGUUGGUAAGUUGAAGAGGAAAUCACGUGACUCAAAGCAAGUCAGAUUUUAA